ACUCAGCCAAAUGCACCCUCUUCUGAAAUUUUAUUAACCUCUCUCUCAGAACCCACACCACCGAGUUAACGAUAGAAAAAACCGAAAGAAGGCUACGGGACAACCAACGAAAGAGGCCAAAAGUGAGACCUCACUGCCAGGAUUUUCAUGGAAGUUUGCCGGAAAAUGGCGAGCAGGCUCGGAGGCGGGCCUGACGAGUACAGUCUGAAUUUCGAAGAGACGGAGCUCCGCCUUGGACUGCCGGGUGGCGGAGGAGGUGGCGAUGGCGAUACGACUCCCUCUGCAACCAAGAUUAAUGGUGCCAAGAGAGGGUUCGCUGAGACUGUUGAUUUGAAGCUCAACCUUCCCACCAAGGAGUCGGUCUUAGACCCAGCUGAGAAGAAGAAUUCACCCAAGGAGAAGAACCUCCUUCCUUGCUCCAAUGACCCAGCUAAGCCCCCAGCCAAGGCGCAGGUGGUCGGUUGGCCACCAGUGCGAUCGUUCCGUAAGAACAUCCUGUCCGUGCACAAGAGCAGCACGGAGGAGGGUGAGAAGGUUAGCAGCAGCGCAGCUUUUGUGAAGGUUAGCAUGGAUGGGGCUCCCUACCUUCGUAAGGUGGACUUGAAGAUGUACAAGAGCUACCAGGAGCUCUCUGACGCUCUAGGAAAGAUGUUCUCCUCCUUCACUAUUGGAAACUGCGGGCCACAGGGAAUGAAGGAUUUCAUGAACGAGAGCAAGUUGAUGGAUCUGUUGAACGGUUCAGAGUACGUGCCAACGUAUGAAGACAAGGAUGGCGAUUGGAUGCUGGUUGGCGAUGUCCCAUGGGAGAUGUUUGUGGAUUCGUGCAAGCGCUUACGAAUAAUGAAGGGAUCCGAGGCAAUUGGGCUGGCACCAAGAGCUGUGGAGAAAUGCAAGAACAGAAGCUGAAGACCUGACCAGCGCCACAGCCUGCUUAUUUGAUCUCUCAGAUUCUGACAAGGGAAAUCUGCAAGGAAAAUGGGGGGAGAUGGGUGGAGCAGGAUGGCUUGGUUUUUCUGUACUAUGUGGUUUGAUUCUAUGAACAUAUAGAAAGAUGGGAUAUUUGUUAUGGACAAGAAGCAAUAACGUUUGAGAGACUUGGGCUAUGUCUAGCUUGGUUAUUAUUAAUGGUGUGCUUAAUAAUCAAACCAUAUAUUAAUUGUUAUUGCUGCUGAAGUUGCUGUGUGUUUUCUUAAUGGCCUCAAUUAUAUUUCAGCUGUAUUUUUCUGUUGAGAUUA